AUGUCCAAAGUUUUAAAGGUUGCCAUUAAUGGGUUUGGUCGUAUUGGCCGUUUGGUGUUGCGGAUUCUUCUUGAUAAGAUUGAAAACGAUCCGGCAUUUGCUAAUGUGUCAAUUGUCGCGCUCAACAACCCCGCCAUGGAGCCAGGGUACGCUGCUUACAAGUUCAAGUACGAUUCCAAGCACGGCCGUUUCCAAGGAGACGUCAAACAUGACGAGGACUCGCUUAUCAUCAACGACAAGUACGUGAUCAAGAUUUACCACGAGCGGGAUCCUGCCGCUUUGCCAUGGUCCAAGCACCACAUCGACUACGUGGUGGAAUCCACGGGGAUUUUCACCAAUGCUGCGGGAUGCCAAAAGCAUAUCGAUGCUGGGGCCAAGAAGGUGAUUAUCACUGCGCCUUCCAAGGACACUCCGGUGUAUGUCAUGGGGGUGAAUGAGGACAAAUACACCGCUGACCAACAAAUCAUCUCGAACGCGUCGUGCACCACCAACUGUCUUGCUCCAUUGAUCAAAAUCAUUCAUGAAUCGUUUGGGGUGGAAGAGGCGCUUAUGACGACGAUCCAUUCGAUGACCGCGUCGCAAAAGACGGUCGAUGGCACUUCCAGAAAAGACUGGAGAGGCGGGAGAGCUGCCAGUGAUAAUAUCAUUCCUUCGUCGACCGGGGCAGCCAAGAUGGUGGGGUUGGUGAUUCCUGAGUUGAAUGGCAAGUUGUCCGGGAUGUCCAUGAGGGUUCCUACCACCGAUGUCUCGAUUGUCGAUGUGACCAUCAAGUUGGCCCGGCCGGUGGGGUCGUUGACGGAGAUCAACUCGGUGGUGCAGGCCCAUGCUCAGGGGAAAUUGCGAGGGAUUGUCGGAUACACCGAGGAGGCGGUGGUGAGUUGUGAUUAUGUCAGUGAUACCCAUUCGUGUGUGUACGAUGCCAAAGCCGGGAUUUGGUUGAGUGAGAAGUUUGUGAAGUUGUUUGGGUGGUACGACAACGAGUAUGGGUACAGUGCGAGGGUGGUUGAUUUGUUGAUCCAUGCGAUUACGGUGGAUGGGAUGGAGGAAUGA